AUGGCGCCAAGGAAGACCAUGACGACUCCCCCCAGCAAGCAAAGUCAAGCGGCCGCCAAAGAUGCAGACGGAACUCCAGAAGCUCCUGCAAAGCGGAGACGGCUAGUUCAGAGCACCAUUCAAAUUACUCCAACCAAGCCUGUGUCACAAGCAGGCGAAAUCGUUGUUGCUGAUGCUCUGGGGAAGCCACAGCGACAGCUCGCAGGAUCUCUUCAUCAGGGAGAAACUGGUCCGUGGUCACUGUGGCACAGUAGCGGUGCUGCUGCUGACAAGGGUGCGAAGGAGUUGCAGUCUCCAGCUUUCGAUCCGAAACUUAGAGAAGAUGAGUUCCCCGUAGGGAAGCCGGUUAGCUUCUCCUUGCUAUCUGGAGCGUUGUUGGAGAUAGAGGAACUCAAAGGCAGUGGGAAGGGAUCUCGCAAGACGAUGACGGUCAUACUCAGCAACUUGUUUCGGCUGCUGAUGCAUGUGCAGCCACAGGACAUUAUCGCAGCGAUUUACAUCCUGAUAAACAAGGUUGCGCCAGAUUAUGAGGCGGCUGAGCUGGGCGUUGGCGAUUCCAUAAUCAUCAAGUCUCUGUGCGAGAAUUUUGGCCGGUCGGAGGCCACCAUUAAGCAUUCCCUGGCAACAGGGGAGGCGAAGGACCUGGGGGAGGUGGCGCUGCAAAGCCGAGUGUCGCAGAAGAUGUUGAUGAUGCCGCCGAAGCUUACUAUUUCCAAGGUCUUCAGCGAAAUGAAAGCCAUAGCUCACUCAGCGGGUAAAGACUCGCAGAAAGCGAAGAAGGACAAAAUCAAAAAACUUCUCGUGGCCUCCAGAGGUGAAGAGGCAAAGUUUAUUGUACGCAUGCUGCAGGCGAAGCUGCGGAUUGGAAUCCAAAUACCCACGCUCCUGCAGGCCUUGGCCUACGCCUUCACACUCACUCAACCUGGCAAGCCCAAUGGACCUGCUGCCGCAACCGACAGGAGAAAGGGCCAGGCGAAACUGUCUGCAUCGGAUCUGGAGCCACAGAUGAUUGCCAUGGAGGCCGCGGUUCGACAAGCCUUCAGUGAAAUGCCCAACUUCGACAAGCUGAUUUCAGCGUUGAUGGAGGGGCGUGAUGGUGGCUCUUUGCUUGAGGUGUGUCGCAUCUCCCUUGGUGUUCCAGUGAAGCCAAUGCUGGCAAAGCCCUCCAAAGGCAUUGCUGAGGUCGGCGAGCGGCUGUCCGGCAAACGGUUCACUGGCGAGUGGAAGUAUGAUGGCGAGCGUGCUCAGAUCCAUGUCCUGUCCAAGGACACGAUCCAGAUCUACAGCCGGAAUUCAGAGAACAUGACGGAGAAAUAUCCGGACGUCAUCCAGGUGGUCAAAGAUUCGCUUGCAGAGGAUGUCCAGAGCUGCAUCAUCGAUAGCGAGCUAGUCGCAUUUGACCAGAUCAACAAAAAGAUCCUGCCUUUCCAGGUGCUGACAACCAGAGGACGCAAAAACAUCGCAGUGGAGGAUAUCAAGGUGAAUGUUUGCCUCUUUGCCUUUGACUGCAUGUUGAUCAAUGGGCAGCCUCUUGUCAAGGAGCCAUUGGAAGUGCGAAGAGAGAAGCUGUGGAAAAUCCUGUCACCUUCCGAGGGCAAGGUCACCUUCGCAGUGUAUCGAAAUUUCAACGAUAUCAAUGAGGAGGAGAUCCAGGCCUUUCUGGAUGAAUCCAUUGCAGGAUCCUGCGAGGGCUUGAUGCUGAAGACAUUGACAGAGAAUGCAACCUACGAGCCAUCCAAGAGGUCGCUCAAUUGGUUGAAGCUGAAGAAGGACUAUUUGGAAGGGAUGGCUGACAGCAUCGACGUGGUGCCUAUUGGCGCAUACUAUGGCAAGGGCAAGCGUUCUGGCGCCUACGGUGCAUACCUGCUCGCAAUAUACGACGAGGAGAACGAAGAGUUUCAGACCGUAUGCAAAGCUGGUACUGGGUUCUCCGAUGAGGAUCUGGUGACGCACUAUGGCUUUUUCAAAAAUCACCAGCGUCCAUGCGCAGAGACAAACUACAACGUCAAUGACAAACUGAAGCCAGAUGUGUGGCUCGAGCCCUGUCAGGUCUGGGAGAUCAGAGCAGCCGAUCUGAGCAUCUCGCCCGUCCACACCAGCGCCUUUGGUGUAAAGGCUGACGGAAAGGGAAUCGGCCUUCGAUUCCCCCGCUUCCUGCGCAUCCGAGAUGACAAGACUCCAGAGGAGUCCACGGGAUCCGAGCAGAUUGUCGAAAUGUUUGAGGCACAAGCUUCCAUCUCUGGUACAGCAGCAGUGGACGACGACUUCUGA